UGGCACCACGGCUGCUUCGAUAAUCGAUUAUCUUUAUCGAUUCAAAGUUGUAUAUUUUCGCAUUUUUGUGCGUCGAAUUUUUAUUUAGUGAAACCAAAUGUUAAUGAACGAUUUGAAUCUGUGAAACUCGCUAUUUUAGUCCUAUACUGAGAUGGCUGAAUGUCCGGAGAUGAACGGGAUUGCAAAUAACAUCGUUUCAGAAAAGUGGGUUGGCAGCAGAAAGUCUGAAUGGAUACGUUUGAAUGUGGGGGGUCACCACUUCCUUACCACCCGAACAACCCUUUGCAGAGAUCCAAAGUCUUUUUUCUUCAGACUCUGUCAAGAAGACAACAAUCUUGCCUCAGAUAAAGAUGAAACAGGUGCCUUCAUGAUUGAUCGGGACCCUACUUAUUUUUCACCAAUAUUAAACUUCUUGAGACAUAGCAAACUAGUUAUUGAUAAAAACUUGGCUGAAGAAGGAAUCCUAGAGGAAGCUGAAUUCUAUAAUAUUACUGAACUCAUCCAGUUAAUUAGAGAUAAAAUAAGACUAAGAGAUGAGGUACCACAGAAGGAAAGUAGGAAGCAAGUUUACCGUGUAUUACAGUGUCAUGAGGAUGAAUUAACUCAAAUGGUUUCAACUAUGUCUGAUGGAUGGAAAUUUGAGCAGCUAAUAAAUGUUGGGUCACAGUACUCUUAUGGGAAUGAAGACCAUUCAGAAUUCCUGUGUGUUGUAUCAAGAGAGUGUGACAAGAGAGAAAGAGAAACAGAGCCUACUGAUAGAGCCAAAGUGCUUCAGCAGAAAGGGUUAAGAAUGUAAUAAGCUAUGGGAUUUUUGUACCAGGAACCAAAUACUGAACUAAAUUUAUGCAGAGAACCAGCCUUGUGGGAUUUUAUCCACGUUGCAGCCAUUUUGACACUUCUUGUUCACAAGUGUUGCUUUUUAUUCACAAGUGCAAUACAACUCUGCUUCACAGCUUCAUUAAA